ACAUCGCUAUCGUUGUAUGAAGAUCUAUUUUGAAGCCAAAAUACCUUCGGCCCUACCAUACAAACCCUGCGAUUAACCCUCAAGCUUGAAAAUUUGUCAGAAUUGUGUUUGCACUAGAUAACUCUACCUAAUUGAGCCACAAUAUCUGUUAAAAAUGGUCUAAAUGCCAGAUUAAGAAAAGGCAGUUUAACCCACAUAAGGUAACGAUCUCCGUUUCUGAGCCAGCACUGCCUCCGACCUGCCUUGCCGCUGAUUUGAGCCGCAUUGGAACCUCCGCAGCGGCGAGGGUUUGUUUAGGGUUUUUUACCGCUCCAAGUAUCCCUUCGCCUUUCUCCAGUACGCACGCCCUCUAGCAGACAAAUCUUAGUUAUCGGUAGUUCUACAUUAGCGCAAAACUACAUUAGGGCCAAAACUGUGUUUAUUUCAGUUUCCAAACUUCUGUUGCAGCAACUCCAGGAACACCAUGUUAUGCCGCAAACUGUUUGUUAUACCAUUCCAUUUUCACAAUGCCUAUUCAACCCAUGCUUAUUCGCAGAACCUCUUUUCACAUUUUGCCUUCACCAAAUUUAACAUGUCUGCGGCCGACAUCGCUCGAAUGUUUAAGUGGGCUCCCUCCUUGCAGAGGCUUCAAACCCUGGACAAGGUCGAGCAGUUUGUUGAUAUGUUGAACAGAUACGGCUGCUCUAAAGUCCAAAUUGCUAAGAUAAUGAUGACACAGCCGCAAAUAAUCGGCAUAAGCGUUGAAGGAAGAUUGGAACCCAAAAUCAAACUGCUGGAGGAUUUCGGCUUUCAAGGUGAAACUCUGGCGAAGCUUUUGGCGAGCAAUCCAAACAUCUUGAGCACCAGCCUCGAGAACAAACUUCUUCCCAAGAUGGAGUUUCUUCGGAGUCUAUUUCAGUCUCAGGAGGUCCUCAUCAAAUCCCUGCUUAGAGCCUCCUUCAUUUUCAAUUAUAACCUGGAGAAGACCCUGAAACCCUCAGUUGUUUACUGGGAGAGAUGGGGUUUUCAGGGCACGGAGCUCUUCCGACUAUUACGGCUAGAGCCGGGCAUUCUGCAACGCUCUCCUCUAACGCCUGCCCAAGCUAUUCUCAUUCGGGAGAUUGGAGCCGACAAAGAGAGUAAGGCGUACAAAUAUAUUGUAAGUGCAGUGGCUACUGGCCGCAUGGAAACGCUGAAGGCCAAGAUAGAGAAUCUCAAACUCUGCGGGCUCACGGCUGAAGAAACCUGGCAAGUAUUGCGGGCUGCACCUGUAGUCCUUCGUUACUCAAAGGUAAGAGUUUGUGAAACGAUGGACUUUGUAGUUAAAGACAUGGAGCUCCCUGCAAAUUAUAUAGUGAAGCACUACUCCUUGUUUUAUUUAAAUUUGGAAAAGAUUAUGAGGCCUAGGUUUAUAGUUUGGCAGAAAAUUAAAUCCUUGAAUGGCCCUAGCCUUUCUCUUUUCACAGCAUUGACGAUGACAGAGGCAAGGUUUGCUAGAAAUAUUAUUAGAGGACAUCCUGAAUCUACAAUGCUGUGGACAAUUUAUGAAAAUGCACUCUCUAAUGCCUACAAUCACACAUAGAGCUCAAUUCAAUGUUAAUUUGUAUUUUUGGAAAGGAAACAGUGAGAUUCAGGACUCAAAAACUACAACAAACUACAGCAAACAUUAUUAGUUUGAAGUCAUAUUCAAUAAAUUGUUUGAAGCAUAUAUUUGGGGCUCCAUUCAUUUCACACUCUGACUAAGCAAACUUGCUUUUCAAAAUAAAUUGGAUUUUUAUGGAUUCAAUUUAGGAUAACAUCAUAAUAUAUGGAUCAAAUCUGAAAAUCCUUUCAAAAUGCUUGUGCAAGCUGCAAACUCCUAAAUUUUGACGGACUACUCGCUGCCUCACAUCUAGGAGAUAUUCAGCUGAAGAAAUUGCUCACGAGUCAAUGAAUUUGUGAUCAUAAAUAGAUCAAACAAAUUGCUCAGGGUUUAGAGUUAAUGAAUAUGUGGUCAUUGAUAGAUCAAACAAAUUGCUCAGGGUUUAAAGAAGUUGAUGCUAGAAAAAGUGAAUGCCGUAAAUGAAGAUGAGGGCUACACUUUAAACCUGAAGGUUUUUAAUGAUGCCUUAAUAAAGUGUUCUCUAGACUGAUCGAGUCUCGGACAGAUUUUACAGAGUAACAUGGAAAUAUAGAAGGCUUUGCAGGUUUCUGUCAAACUCAUUCAAGUUGACCUAGUCAACACAGCGAAAAAUUACUGCUGCUGGCUUGGCUCGGACUUUGUGAGUUCACCACAGAUGCACAGAGUCUCAGAUUAUGGUUUUAAGCAUGCUGCAAUUUUCAUUGUGAAAUCCUGUAAUACCAUAACAAUCAUUUAAUCGAUUAAUGCGUUUUUAAGUAA